CAUUACCAAUCUCUGCUUUUCCUACUUCGCUCCCAUCGAUCUUCUCUAUUCACUAUCCUGCCCCAAGUAUCUUUCAGCAGCUUCCAGGUCAUUCACAAUUUCAUCCGCAGAACCAUAUUGCUGCAUCCAACACUUCAUAAUGAUCGCCCUACAAGCAUUAUCAUCUUGUGGAAAGUCCUUCUUUUCAAACCUCUCCGCAACCCUCUCACGCCAGUCCUCCGACCCAUCUACGAUAUCCGGAUACACCGCAUAGCCCAUCAUAAUGAAAUAUAUUGUACAACCAAGUGCAAAUAACUCGGUAUAAACAUCAGAGCUAAGACCUGUCCUUGGAAACGCAAAUCGAGUAGGCUCCCCACUCCACCCAUCCAACAACACCUUUCCGUCUUCCCCUAAUAAUUUGCCUUGGAAAUCCGCGAGUUUGAUAUGCAGUUUGUCGUCGAGAAGAAUGUUUGUAGGCUGAAUAUCGCAAUGCAGUAUGUAUCGAGUGUGGAUAUACGCGACUGCCUCGGCCGUCUCUCUGCACCAGACCACUCGCUGCAAAGUUGAAAUUGACGAAGAGGGGAUGCCAGAGUCGAGCAGAUAAUUAGCUACAGUACCGUUCGUGGCACGCUCUAGAUAGAUUCCCGUGUCCGAGACCCUUUUUAGAGUUAUAAUUCUGGGAUGGGGACAAAUCACUUCAAGAAUUUUUUGCUCGAUUUUGAGGCGUUCCAUGUCGCCACCGGGGGCGAGAGGGUAUUUGAAAACGGUAGUCUCAUUAACAUCUCCAACCCACGCGCUACUUCCCGAGGCGAGAACCUGUUUGACUCCAGGAGGAUAGUACUGGUGAUAAGUGGUUAUGAUUGGCUCGCUCGACAUUGCUGGGUUUAUCUUGACAAUAGGUGGGUGGUAAGGGGUAGAAGCUGACUUGUUCCACGGGAAGGAAGACCAAGGCAAUGGUCACAACAGGUACGUGACAAUACUUAUUAGUAGAGGGAGCAUGGAGCCAAUUAAAUUAUUACUUUUUGUUGAUGGAUAAAGAUCAACCUUGAUACACGCACUUUUCUGAAUUUAAAUUGUCUUCCUCAUAGGUCCCGCUUAAAUUCCUGUCCUUAUAUCCUACUCAUAUCCUACCCUCAGACUCCCCCUCCCCACCGGGGAUUAUUUUACAUCAAACAAUCUCCCUUCACUCAACAAUAAAAUCCUUCACCAGACAAUCAUCCCACACUAAACAAUCAACGAUCAUGUUUUCCAACAUAAAGCCACUUCACCCUCGUUUAUACUCUCAAUAAAACUCUGCCCUAACCGCCAAAAUCACCAACAUCUGAACUGCUUAUGAAAUUGGAGUUGGAAAAUCGAAAGCUGAAGUUGGAAGUCGAAAAUGUACGAAGCCAGCAUGAAAACUACUAUGAAAUUGUGGAGGCCUCGAAGGCUUUCGCGCAGAAGACUAUACUAGCAAUACAACAUAUCCAAACAGCUGGGGCGAUAAUGGAGAAGGCAAAGAACACAGCAAAUCAACCUUGGGCCCACAAGAUGGACGAACGAAAUUGGAUUUAGAAAGUAAUCAACGGCUCAUAUCUACCCCGCUUCAAUGGCCUCUCACCAUGAAUCUGUGAUGUCAUACUUCUCUUUGAAUUUCCAAAGACGCAAUUGAGACCCUGAUCUCUCACUAGUGCUUCUAUUUUGUAAGGACAGUUACUUAUACUCCAAAGCCGGCUUGUCAUCCUGUCGAGUUUGAUAUUUAUCUCAUUAGCGUGUCGUGAAAGAAAAUGGAAGACAGAAUCGCUCCCCAUUAGCGAUGUCGGUAUAGUCCCCGAACGGGGGGAACUGUGCCACUUAUUUUAUCCGGGAAAAAAAAGGCCGGCCAAAGUGCCAAAAUCCGCCCCGGAUUGUCGAUCCCCCCGGAAUGCUGCCCCGAAGAUUCCCUGUCAUGAUUGUAUAAGUACCCUGCUACCCUACCUAUUAUUGAGUACAUUUUACACUCUUCAUUGCUUCUAUCAUGAUAUUCCAGUAUGUAAUGAUUUGUUACCCCUUUGCACUCAAUCCGCUAAUCAGUUCUCACAAGUUGGCCAAAUGACAUGGUUUUGUUCCACCAUUUCAAUGGUUCUCGUACCAACGGCAUAUUUCCAGGAACACUUGUACACAGUCAUGUCCUACAUGAGUUCCAGCAUUACACCACCAUGUUCCAUGCCCAGGGAACAGUCCUCUCAUUCAGUGCUGGUAGGCACUAUCUUGGUCAAAAAUCUACACAUGACAUUCUUUCCAAUGCCGAAGCAGUCGAGUGCUUUUUGCGUUGGUUAUACUCUAAGCAUCUCAGCAAUGGGCACAAGUACCCAGGCAUUAAGGCAUUGAUUAUGUUAGGUCGUGUUGCAUUAGAUGUCACAUGUCCGCAGUUGUUCGACGAUGUGCUUGAUGCUAUCGAAGCGUGUGGUGAACUUUCGUCACCAACCAUUUACGAAUGGGCCGUAGCUAAUUGUUCCUCUGGGUACCAUGAGCCACUCUUGAAAUAUGUGGCUCACAGAGCAACCGCCAACUCUAUACCACCAACGGUGCUUACCAGCUGCAUAUUAUGGCCGGAUAGCGAAUGCUUGGAUCGCGACGGUACUCUUCGGCAGUGGGGAAACAAGCCUUUUAGCUUUUCUUGGAUGUUGGAUAGCAUUAUCGCAGUGAUAGACAGUCAGUCUAUCAGGCUGCUAGCGAAACAAUAUCAUGUAAGUUCUUUGCUGUAUCCCAGGGAUUAGUACUAAUAUCUGAAGUGCCCGUAUUCAAUUUCCUUCAACUUCCGUUAGAAAUACGAAACAUGAUUUACUCCUAUGUCCUUGUCGCGGGUGUUCCACUUAAACCAGGAAAGGAGAAGUUCCGUACACCAUGCGACAAGUCCUGUACUUCAUUACUCCAAGUCAAUAAGCAGAUCAGCCUCGAGGCACGCCCUGUGUUCUAUACUAAUGAUUUUCAAAUUGACCCUCUUUACGGCGCAGAAUUAUUACCAAUUAUAAACUCUGUUGGAAACGAAUUAACUAUCAACGUUCAUCCAUCAGUACAUUGGAAACGCGGCGUCCUCGAAACUCUCGUGACAUCGAGUCGACUCAAAAAGCUCCAUCUACGCUUCUAUCUCCCGUCUGGUUUAUUCGGGGCUACUCCUUCUGAUGACCACGCAGAAGUGUUGCAGCCAAUGAAGUCGGGACUUGGUCGGGAUUAUGUAAAAUAUAUUUCCGCUAAUGCUCCAUUCUACGAGCACUUGAUCCGCCUUCCUGGAUUUGACCAGAUUCUGCAACUUCGGGGUUUGACGCACAUUACCUGCGAGUUCAGUCCUAGUUUUCUCAGGACUAAGCGGUACGACAUACAGAAGUAUCUUACACGCGAACUCACCCAACCGCGAAUUAUUGGGCCAAUACUGAUAAAAGCACCGGAUCCUCAGUACGCCCGAGUUCAUGAACAUCCUACGAGACAUUAUCCCGCUUUCGGGGACGGAACACAGGUGUUAUGGUGUGAUUUGUAGUUUUUUUAUUGUGUUGCUUAAUUGGGAUGGAUUGCCAAGGCUUUGGGCCCGCUCUGAUUGGCGGGGUUUAAAUUAGCGAGCCCCCCUUUUUAUUCUAGACGUACCAGCGAUUAUUCUCAAUAGAUAGCUAAGUUACUUCAAAGACGGAA